UUUGGUGCUCGGUAUGUUCGGUGCUCGGGCAUCAUCAACGCAUAACACGAAUGCAAGAACUAAGAAUGUAAUGAUAACAAACAUUGUCUUAUCUCUACGCAUGUCCUUUUGACAUAACCUCGUGAAAACACCGGCAAAUGGACUCUGGAUCAUAAUCACGUGAUACUUUGUUUUGGAUCAGUGUUAGUGGGACACGUCACAAUCACAUAUCUCGGCUAUCGUUUAUAACAUGUGUACUACAAAGUCCUUAGUCAUUGCUAGCCAGUGCUGCAUGCUCGUCGCUUGCGGUUGCCUUCAUCUAAAUUUGCUUCCCUUGACGAAUAGUUCACAAACCAACAGCUACAAUGCAGAGAAACGUCGCUUCAUCGAAGCCUACUAAGGACUCCCCGGCUAAAGAUUUUACUGACUUAAAUUUUCGUGGAAACACACCCAGAGAGACAAUGACAGGAACUGAAGAGCUAAAAACUGAAAUGGAUGACAGCCAGUUUAUUCGGAUAAGAGGCUGGAGGAUACAUCGAGUAAUUGCUAUUACUCAUUUAAAUAUAUUUCUGUAUGCCACAUGUUUUUGGAUCCAAAAUGGAACCCUGCCCUAUCUGUCCAAGAAACUUGGAGUAGAUCCUGUGAUGUUUGGAUACCUUCAGACAACUUUUGCAGUGGUCCAGUUAGCAGGAGGACCACUGUUUGGAAGGUUUGGUGAUUUGUUUGGUGGCCGAGCUGCAAUGACACUGGCUUUCCUUUCGGCAACACUUUCAUAUUUCCUUCUCGGUAUGUCAACAAAUGUUCCGAUUUUGUUCAUAUCAAGACUUCCAUCGCUAUUCAUGCAUGCAAUGCAAGGUGGUCAGAUGAUUGUGACAGAUAUCGGCGAUACAAGUAAGAGGGCUGACGCACUCGGGAAGUUGGGCAUGUCGUACGGCGUUGGAAUGGUCAUUGGCCCAUUGAUUGGAGGAAUCUUGACAAAAGUAUUGGGAGAGCAAAAAGCAGCAUUUAUUGCUAGUGCUGGAUCUUUGCUAAGCGUUGCGCUUGUUCUGAUGUUUGUACCAAAACACACCAAGAAAUCAGACGUACAAACAGAUACUUCUGAAAAGAGCAUCUUUAAUCUAAAGAAAAUCAUACAGUUAAUCAUGGGUCCUGGAGCAUUGUUUUUACUUCUAGUUCGGCUAGCUUCAGGUGUGCCCAUUGGAGUGUUUCAGAGCAUGUUUCAAGUUGUUGCUCUGAAUACAUUCAAACUGGCACCUGACCAAAAUGGCUAUCUCAUGUCCUACAUUGGUAUCACAAGCAUGGUUGUGCAAGGGAUCGGACUCGGAGUAAUAACAAAGAAUUUCAGCGAAAGUAAAAUCCUGAAGUGGUCAACCUUUAUCCUAGUAUGGUCAUACCUACUGCUCUCCUUUGUGACAAAUGUACGCGAGUUAUGUCUGGUUUGUCUCCCCUUAGUUGUAGGACUAACAACGCAGAACAUUAUCAUCAGCAGCGCUCUAACAAAAACUGUCCCAGAUGCAGACACUGGUGCUAUGUUAGGAGUCAACAUGGCAGUUAACUCGCUCGUGCGAAGUGUGUCGCCAACGCUUGGAGGUUACAUGUUGGAAAAUAUUGGCUUUCCUUCUUUCGGUUAUCUGGGAUUUGUGACCAAUGCUAUUGUCACAGUUGUCCUCUUUUUGGAAGUUCAGAUCUCAAAGUUCGAUUGGACAAGGGAAUGUAUAGUCAGGGUAGUUGAUUAUUUAUGUCAAAAUAUGUCCAAAUUUCAAAUAUGUCCAAAUGUCAGAUGCCAAAGGAGCAAAGUUGACAAUUUAGCCAUUUUAGUCAUAGACUGUGUUAAAUAUAUGCAAAAAUAAAAAUAUAUAUUUUCAUGAUAGCAGUAUAAGAUAUGACAUGUAUGAAGUGGUAACAAGUGGUUACAAAGUGCUACACAAUCUCUUCCAAAUCUCGUAGAUAAUUAUUUCCAAAUGUUUUUGUUCUAAUCAUAAGCAUGCUUACUGCAACUUAAGAGUUUGUUUGGAUUAUUAAAGACUUGGUGGGAUCAUAUUAUAAACUUCAAAUAUCCAGGUUGUCAUGAUCUAGAAUUGUGAACAGUGAUUAUUGAAAUCAUCAGUUAAAGAACAAAGUAUUUUAAAAAGUAUGCAUUGGUGAUUGUUAAAAGUGUUUUUUUUAUUGUUAAUGUUUGUUUUUGUAAUACUUUCUAUAUUUUGUGAUAUUACCUGAGGAUCAAUGUGCUUGCAUAAUUGCUUUUGUACAGACAGUGUUUGUCUUUGAGAAUGUCAUUUGCAUAAAAGCUUUUUAGAAUCUGGAACUAUUAGAAUAUCAGUAAGCUUUGAAUUUAUGUUUUCCAAUCGUUAUAGAAUUUAGACUAGACUUAUUUCUUGCAUUAUUUUUUAAAUAAGAUCUUUUCCAUCUAUGUAUGAUUUAUUACGCAUAAUGUUAUCCUUGAGAUCUGGGCUCUGUUUGUGCAUGUAUGCAUUGGUUACAAUAUUUGUUAUGUGUCUUUGGGAGUAAUGUUAUUUUAUACCUAUUGCUGUCUUGGUAGGGUCAAAGAAGAAGAAUAUGUGUGUUACCAUGCAGUUUCUCUACUUACCCAUGGGGCAGUGGGGUAGUGGUUAAAGUGUUCACUCGUCAUGCUGGAGACCCAGGUUUGAUUCCCAACAUGGGUACAAUAUGUGAAGCCCAUUUCUGGUGGCUCCUGCAGUGAUAUUGCUGGAAUAUUGUUAAAGGUGGUGUAAAACCAUGCUCACUCACUCACUCACUCUUCUCAUCCUGCUCAGGAGCCUGUGAACCUGUACCUGUCUUGUUGAUCGAUGGCUACACUAAAGCUUCAUCUUGUCCUUGUAUUGUCUGUAUUUUACACAACUGUAUUUUGUGCAUCUAUAUAGUCGGAUCUUCAUUUAUAAAAGGGGUGGUGGGAAAUGUGGAGCUAAAAGUGUCAUCACAUCAAAGACCUUGGUUCAGUAUUCACAAUGGGUACAGUGUGUGAAGCCCAGGUCUGGUGCCCUUGCCAACAUAUUGCUUGAAUAUAGUUAUUCUUUAAUACAUGUAUCUGAAUAGGUUUUGUCAGGUAUGGUCAAACAGUUCCCAAUUGGAUGUUUUGUACCCGACUCUUAAAACCUGCUGUUGGUACCACGGUAGAGUGCUGUGUAUUGCCGGGAUGGAUCAAAAUUUUCUAUCUGGGUACCCCACCCCCUAUUACCCUAUCCUACCCGGAUUCCUGACAUCAAAUUUGUAAGAAAUGGCAAUAUUCAGAUCGGAGAUUAACAUUUUUUUCAAUAUCCUAACCAUGUAUUAUAUUCAAAAGAAGUGACUGUAAUUAUGUCCAAAUCUUCAAAGACUAUACAACCUUUUAAUCAUGAAAGAAUAGAAUGUUAUGUUGUUUAAUCUAUUGGUCACAUGAUCAUAACGGCCCGGUAUUGAGACGGCUACGCGGGUCCAACUCAUUACCCACCCCAGUCUAAGUAAACUUAGGCUCAGUAUUAUUCGUUACACUGCUAUACUUAGUCUAACAAAGCCUUGUAGAAGGUCGCGUCAGCUAACCUUCUGGACUGACCAAUCAGAACACAGCUUACUAAAUCGCGAAAGUUAACAUUCGCAGAUACUGUUUGAACCUUUACCUCAAAAACUCGAACAAUUCCGAGUGCUAUUUUUCGUACGAUCGCUUGCGAGUGAUACACGCAAUGAGUAAACAGUUGCUGAAAAUAGCGUUUUUGUCAAUAUUCAAGGAUGUCAUCUUGCGAAAAUAUAAGCAAAUAGUCACCAUGUCAUUAGAAACCCAUAAGUGUAUAAUACUGCAGGUCAAAUAUAUGUGUUUUAUGCAGAUUUUCGUUUGUUGAUAGAUAAGUGUCAACGACCAGGGAAGAGAAAAUUAAAAAAACGUUUUUUAAGUCCCGCUGAACUCUAACAACUAAUCGUUGUCUGAUUGGUUAAAUCCGUUCGGCCGUCUCGCGUUUGAUUGGACGGUCAUACGUCGCUCAAAGGUUAGCUGACGCGACCUUCUACAAGGUUUUGUUAGACUCAGUAUAGCAGUGUAACGAAUAAUACUGAGCCUAAGUUUACUAAGACUGUUACCCACCCAUCCCGGGUAUCCGGGUUACCCAGCCCUAGUUCUGUGAUAGGGGUCGGAUACCAGAUAAUAGUACCUUGACAAAUUUUGGGAUUUGGCAGCUAUAGGAAAUACACAUGUUGUUUUUUGACCUUAUUGAACUUGGCCUGAAAUAUUUACUCGGCAUCAGCACCUCACUUCAGUUUUAUUUACAUCACUUUGAGUUAUGAGCCUCAAUUUUGUUUCUCAAUUUUCCUGCAUUGUAUGAAAGAUAUCCAUCCUCGACAACUUACAUUGAAUUAAAGGGCCAAUUUCCAAUUGUGUGAGUUUGUGGAAAAGGAAUAAAAACAUUCCUCAUG